AUUAAGGAUGAUUCUUGGCUCAAUUCUUAUAAUAUGUCUGCUAGAUUCCUUGAUGGCCUAAAGAACUUAUUGUCAAUUACCAGAUCCAAUUUUUAAUGAUGGCGUUAAAAAUUCAACUUGGGGCGAUGCUGAUCCUUCAGAUUGGAAUUACUUAAACUCAAAUGAAUGGAAAAGUACUUAAUAAUAAUUAAUAGUCUAGCUAAAGUCGUUACAUGUGGAGCUAGCUUUCAAUCUCCCAUAAAUAUAGUAACGUCUACAUCAACGAAAGAAAGUUCAUUUCCAGCCAUUAAUUAUAUACUGAAGACAUCAACUAAAAACUAUUUUGAGGCUUAGAGUAAUAUUCUUCAAUUAUUUAUUAAGGGGAUUAUACUAAAGAAUUAGAAGGAGAGUAUGAUUUUAUUACAGCAUUUGACUUAUCCAAUUAAUAAUAUAAAUACUAUGCUAGGUAGUUUCAUAUCCAUACUCCUUCAGAACAUUAAGUAGAUGGUAAAAAUUUUGAUUUAGAAGUUCAUUUUGUGCAUUAAGUAUCUUUUAAUUUUAUUAGGCUGUUGAAGAUGGAGAAUAAAGUUGUAAUGAUAUUAGAAAUAAACUUACUGUCUUUGGAUUACUAUUCUAAUAAUCUGCCACUGCUACAGAUUAUGAAGUUUUUAAACCAUGGUUUGAUGAUACAGUUAAUAAAGUCAGUUCUUUUGAUAUGAAGUAUAAUUUAUCAUUAAUAUAAAUAGUGAUUUCUUUCAAAAGAUGACAGACAAAACCUAUUAUCAUUAUACAGGCAGUCUUACAACUAUGUAUAUUGCAUCUUUUUAUGCUAGACCUUGUUCCUAAACAGUUAAUUGGUAUGUAUUUACUUCACCAUUGCCUAUAUCCAAAACACAAUAUUAACAAUUCAAAGAUUUCCUCGAUAAUGAUGAUUACUUCCCAACCUAAUCCAAUAAUCGUCCUAUCCAAAAUCUUAAUGGACGUACAUUAUACAAAGGAGUAUUCUUUAUAUAUAUCUAAAUAUAGACUGCUUCUUUUAAUGGUGUUACAUCCCUACCUGUUAUUGAAGCAUCAUGGAGUACAAUCAUACAAAUUGCUUUCCUAUUAUUAAUCUAGUUUAUUUGAAAUCAAAUUUUAUUAUCGUU